CCGACACACCCGGUAUCGAUUUGAAAGACAAUCCCGAUUGUGCUGUAAGAAGACCGGCCCCCCUCGGCGACCGACGAGUGACCGACGAGCUCACCACUGACGCGCGACCAAGCUGCCUUGCCUCUUGGCAGGCCUCAAUCAAACGAACUGCCCCACGGCCAACCAGACAUGCUUGUGCCAGAAUGGAGAGUUUCUCGCAAACGUGCAGAGUUGUGUUAUCCAGAACUGUCCGCUAAAGUACGCACUAGAAUCUCAGAACAUUACUUGGACGGCGUGUCAGUUUCCCCUCCACAAAGGGGUAUCAAACUCGCGAAAAGCCGCGCGCAUCGUGAUGUUCAUUUUGCUACCCACACUCUCGAUCGUCCUUCGGGUCAUAACCAAGUACGCGCGGCUGGGUACAUGGGGUCCUGAUGAUUAUACUAUUCUUGGAGCAUAUGUUCCUCUUUUGGGAUACACAUGUAUACUUGCCUAUCUUGAGAAUCACGGUGCUGGGAGAGACCUCUGGACACUCAACCAUGGACAGAUCUAUACCUAUUUCAAAUGCCUUUACGCCCUACAACCCAUCUAUCACUGCUGCAUCGAUAUGAUCAAGGCCUCUAUCCUCUUCUCGUACCUUCGAAUAUUCCAUCUCCCGGACGAGAAGAUCCGCAUUGCACUCUGGGUUACCAUGGCUAUCAAUCUCAUGAGCGGACUCGCCUUCAUAUUCGUCUCCAUGUUCCAGUGCCAGCCUGUAAGCCUGGCAUGGACACGCUGGACAGGCGAGACGACAGGGAACUGUAUCAACUUCAUCUAUAUUUCGAUGUCGCACGCAGGUAUAAACAUCGCGUUGGACCUGUGGAUGCUCAUCUUGCCAGCCAGUCAAGUAUGGAGCAUGAAUCUAGCGCUUCGCAAAAAGAUUGCAGUCAUGUCCAUGUUUAGCCUUGGUCUAUUCCUUACUAUCGUGAGCGCCGUUCGGAUUUCCGCCCUUAUGGAAUUCCGAAAGGAUCCUCUGAACCCGACUGUUGCCAUGCUGCCCACCGUCGUUUGGACAGCUAUAGAGCUCUAUGUAGGGGUCUUCACAGCCUGCAUACCCAACCUCCGACAGUUCUUCGUCAGGUUCAUCCUUGGGCGUUCGGAGAAGAAGGAACGUCUUGCAUCAGUCAACUCAGGCUACGCGCGUGGUUCGAGAUCCGCGCCCAAGCCACGGGUGCUCACACAACAAUUUGAUGCACUUGAGACGAUAGACGAAAGCAACCUCAGCUCACCCUGCCAAAAAAGCAUGAUCAAUGUAUGAAAUAUGAAAAAGUGGACAUUAUAUGAAACUCAGGUAGCCAUUGUUUUUGCGACUAUUUACAACAAGCACCCAAG